AUUCAUCGUAGCUGUGAAAGCAUUUCAACGGUUGUGCCGUCAAAUCGGUGCAAUGUAUCAAUCGACACCACGGGAAACCCGACCGUUAAAUCGGAAUGUCACUUCUCUUGCUUGGAAGAUAAAUGCAACAAUGUGACAACUGAUUCGUUGAGAAAAUGUUCGUCUUCGUGUAACAAUCCGGAUGGAGGGUCCUGUGAUUAUAUAUCAGGAAUGUGCGUUUGUUACAGUGGAUACACCGGAGAACAUUGCAACAUUACCCAAGCUUCGACUAUAAAACGUAGAUGUGUUCAAUGUACAUCAGCUUCGGGGAUGAACUGUGAGGAUUUUAACCAGGCCGAGGACUGUCUAAAUGGUGAAUCCUUUUGCGCUUCAACUCGAACUACUUUGAUAGAUUCGUUUGACAAUAUUGUGGGAAAACCGUUGGUAACAAAAGGGUGCACUAAUGAUUUCAUCGUUGCUGAUCAAUGUUUCUUUACGGACGUCUUUACUGAUUCUCCUAUCAGCGAUGGCGGAUUGUAUAAGGAAUAUACUUGUGUGUCAAUAUGUGACACUGAUGGCUGUAACAACUUUUCUGCUGAUGGACAAAAAUAUACCAACAAGACUGCCCCAAUUCAAUGCUUCGUAUGUAGGGAUCUCACUGGUUCAGGUCAAUGUAACCCAGGAAGCUUAAGCGACGAAAAAAGAACAGUUUGUCCCAAGUCAACACUUUGCAAAUCUACUGUAACCUAUCUAGUAUCUAGCAAAACCGAUGUAUCAUAUUAUACCGAACCAAGCUACACAUUACGAAGUGUCAUCAGAGAAUGUGCCCUAGCAGAAGAAACGAUUCCGCAUUCUAAUUGUACGCCAGGCGAGAUUAGGGGAUUAAGUUUGAAAAAAGUAAAUUGUGUUGAAACUUGUGACGUUGAUGGAUGCAAUGACAAAUGGCCUGGAAGGAAAAAGUGUAUUCAAUGCUCUUCUGACGGUAAUCUUGAAGGAUUUUCCAAAUGUCUUUUAACUCCACCCACAGCAACAGCAUGCGCUUAUCCAUAUCAAAAGUAUUGUACUAUACAAGACAUGGGAAUGACAAACACUAGCGAAGGUUUGGUAGGAAUUCCCGGUUAUCCGACUCGGAUUUUACGUGGUUGCUCGGCUAUCAACAUAACAAAUAAGUGUACAAAUCAGACUAUUCGAGGAAACCAAAUUGACUACUGCAAUUGGACUUGCGAUGAUACGGAUGGAUGUAAUAUCGGCUUUACGCGGCAGUUUACGCGGAAGUUUACGCAGCAGACUUCAGGCGUGGCAGUUAUUCACUCCAGUUUAGAUGUAGUUAUGCUUGCGAUACUCGGAGUCAUUGGAGUUAUGUAAUAGGCUAUGAUACACCUACCGGCAUCGUUGAAAAAGAACUACAUUACUAGAAAUCACUAUUCCUUACAGAGAAAUAAUUCAUUCUCAGUGUAAAUAAAACAGGAAUUGCUAAUAGAUGAAUUUCGCUUGAUAAUUUUACAUUGUCGUUGACACACACUCUACAGUUCCAUACAAAAAGUUUGUUUGCCCACUUUUUUAUUUCAUAUCUCAAAUUUGAAGCAUUUUAUAAAAUGGUCAUUUUUGAACCAUUACCAAAGUUACGCAAAAAUUUCUAUAACAAUUUUAUUUAGUUUGUAAAUAUAUGGCUAUAUUUUUUCGAUGGAAUUAGUUUUUAAAUUUUUUAUCUAGCUACAAUUAAAAGCAUGUUCAAUAUUGCUGCAAACCUUGGGUCUUUCUUUUACUUUGCAAAUAGUUCUUAUAGGAUAGUGACUGAUUGAUGAAUAGAGUCUCCACCCAUGCUGAUGCAGUUUGUAUAACCGCGUAAUGAAGAUUAUAUAUAGUCAAUUUUAUUUUAAAUUUGAUGUAUACAUAUCUAUUAUUAUGAACGCUUAUUCUUGUACAACUCCUUACAAGUUUACUCAUGCUUGCAGUUUUGUCACACUCGGUAUUUUGUAUUGUAGGCUACUUUCAGUUGGAGAACAAAUACUUCAACUUUCACUACUGUACACGUCCAUAUAGUCAUCCUAUUAUUACUCCCCUAAU